GAGAGAGAGAGAGAGUGAGAGAGAGAGAGAGCAUCAGUCAGGCCUGUGCGCGUCUAUUGUUCGCUCAGCGUGUGAACACAAAGACUCUUGAGGCGGGUUCAUCGAGCACGAGCGCCGCGGAUCUGCAGCUUGAGGCCUCGCACGACUCAAACGGGCCGAUUUUUAACAAAUUAAUCACGAUUCUCGUAAUUUAACACCGAUUCUCAUGAUCAUUCUCGUCCCGGGAUUCACAUAAUCCCGUGUGGAGUCGCUCGGUCCUCCGGUACAUCAGUGUUUCAGGCUGUUCCUCCAAGUCAUUCAAGCUGUACUCCCCAAAGGAGCCGCCCAACGGAAGCGCUUUCCCCCCCUUCCACCCCGGCACCAUGCUGGACAGAGACGUCGGCCCGACGCCCAUGUACCCCCCCACAUACCUGGAGCCUGGCAUCGGGAGACACACACCGUAUGGAAAUCAGACCGACUACAGGAUAUUUGAACUAAACAAGCGGCUCCAGAACUGGACAGAGGAGUGUGAUAAUCUGUGGUGGGAUGCUUUCACUACUGAAUUCUUUGAAGAUGAUGCAAUGCUCACCAUCACUUUCUGUCUGGAGGACGGCCCUAAACGAUACACGAUUGGUCGGACGCUGAUUCCCCGUUAUUUCAGGAGUGUGUUUGAGGGCGGCGCCAACGAGCUGUACUACAUCCUGAAACACCCGAAAGAGUCUUUCCACAACAAUUUUGUGUCUCUUGACUGUGAUCAGUGCACGAUGGUUACACAGAAUGGCAAACCCAUGUUCACACAGGUGUGUGUGGAGGGCCGUUUGUACCUGGAGUUCAUGUUUGAUGACAUGAUGAGGAUAAAGACGUGGCAUUUCAGCAUCCGGCAGCACAGAGAGCUCAUUCCCCGCAGCAUCCUGGCCAUGCAUGCUCAGGACCCACAGAUGUUGGAUCAACUGUCCAAAAACAUCACCAGAUGCGGCCUGUCCAACUCCACCCUCAACUACCUCCGAUUGUGUGUGAUCCUGGAGCCCAUGCAGGAGCUGAUGUCCAGACACAAGACGUACAGUCUGAGUCCCAGAGACUGUCUGAAGACCUGCCUGUUCCAGAAGUGGCAGAGGAUGGUCGCUCCACCAGCUGAACCAGCCAGACAGGCACCAAGUAAACGGCGGAAGCGCAAGAUGUCUGGUGGCAGCACCAUGAGCGCAGGCACUAAUAAUAACAGCAACAGUAAGAAGAAAAGCCCAGCAAACAGCUUCCCGCUGUCCAGUCAAGUUCCUGAUGUGAUGGUGGUGGGAGAGCCCACUCUGAUGGGGGGGGAGUUUGGUGACGAGGACGAGCGUUUGAUAACACGACUGGAGAACACGCAGUUUGACGCCGCCAAUGGCAUCGAUGACGAGGACAGCUUUAACAACUCGCCUGCGCUUGGCGCCAACAGCCCCUGGAACAACAAACCACCAUCUAGUCAAGAGGGCAAGAACGACAACCCCACUUCACAAGCGUCUCAGUGAGACUCAGGGCGAGGCUGAGGACAGCCAAUGGGAGCAUUGGGUAUCAAACAGGAAGAGAUUGCAGCCAUGCAGUCAAAGGUCGAUUCAUUCAUCUACCUGCAGGAUGGCGCCCAGCGCUGGACUUCCUGUGUCAGAGGAAACCGACACCAGAGAGGACCAGAGAUGAGCGCCACAACACAAACCACUUAAUCAACGCACACACACACUCACACACAGGACUGAUGAAGAGUAAAUCUCAUAAACCUUUCCGGCUCAUAUUUCACCCCACAAUCAAAACAGUUCAAAAUGACUGAGAAUCACCAUAUAGAAUAAGUACUGCAAACUCAAAAGUCAAACGCCCUGGGGUGAUUCUCAAGAAAUUGUCCUGGUCAUAUUUUACCCCAAAUCAAAAAAAGAAAUUGUUUUUGAAUAUAUUUUGUGUAUAUUUGCAUUGUGACAUUGUUUUCAGGACACCUAUUUAACCCCCCCAAUUCUCAGUACGGUAACAUGUCUGGAUGUUUUUCUUUAUUAUUCCUGUUGUUUUCAGUGAUGAUUGUCAUUACUGCAAUAGUCUUUAUGUAUUACAGUACAGAAGAUGCUGUCAUACUCUAUCAGCAAAAAUUAGUCAGUAUCAAGUAAGUCCUAAUAUGAUUUGUAAAUAUAGAUUUGUAAACAUAAAAUAUGUUUACAUCUUUUCAUGUUAUUGUAUUGAGAAUCUGCGAUGGACUGGCGACCUGUCCAGGGUGUCCCCCGCCUUUCGCCCAAUAUUAGCUGGGAUAGGCUCCAGCCCCCCGCGACCCUGUACACAGGAUAAGCGGUUGACGAUGGAUGGAUGGAUGGAUGUAUUGAGAAUUUCAUAACGAACAUCUUUUUCACAUUAGGAUACAGAGAUUUACACAACGAUCAUCUAUUUUUCAUUACGGUAAUGAGAAUUUCACAAUGAUCAUAUUUUCACAUUACAGUAAUUACAAUUUAACUAUGAUCAUCUUUUUUGUGCAUUACGGUAAUGAGAAUAUCAUGAUGAUAUAUUUUUUUUUUAAGUUGCAGUAAUGAGAAUUUCUGAUUCAACUUUUUUUCACAUGACUGUAAUGAGAAUUUCACAACGAUCAUCUAUUUUUCAUUACGGUAAUGAGAAUUUCACAAUGAUCAUAUUUUCACAUUACAGUAAUUACAAUUUAACUAUGAUCAUCUUUUUUGUGCAUUACGGUAAUGAGAAUAUCAUGAUGAUAUAUUUUUUUUUUAAGUUGCAGUAAUGAGAAUUUCUGAUUCAACUUUUUUUCACAUGACUGUAAUGAGAAUUUCACAACGAUCAUCUUUUUUUUCAUGUGGUAAUGAGAAUUGGGGGUCAAAAUGUGCAAAACUGAAACAUAAUGAAAAUGUCACAAUGUAAAAAAUCAUAAAGGCCCUAAAAAUAGUUAGGAAGAUGCAAAAAAUAAUUGGUUUUGUGAGCUAUUUUGCUGAAAUAAGACCAGGAAAUAGUUCUGACUGGUUUCGUGAGAAUCCCCUCAGAUGCAUUACGUUAAUGUGAAUGUGGGGGAAAAUGUGCAUCGUCAUGAAAAUAAUAUCACAUGCUGUUUAAUGUCCUGGAAGAGUUCACAUGCAGCGUUUACACUCAAACGCAUUUUGAAGAAUUUUAACCGUGUUUUAUACCAGCCUCUAUUUCCCUCGAAUGUUUUUAUUAGAUUUUACUGAUGUUGAAAGCUGCAAACCAAGGAGUAACUGGACCGUCAUGGUCCUUAAAGAUUUCAACCCUCAAAUUGUAUUGGUUUGUAUUAUUUUUUAAAGAGAGUCAUUUAGUGUGGGCUUCUGAUUGAUUUGUGUGUACUGUGCUUGUAUAUUUAAGGUAGUAGCAGAGUUCUGUAUAACUGUAUUGAGAUGUAUUCCUCUGUAGAAUUACAUAAAGCCAUUCUGAUCUAAUGUGUAAAAACAACAAAAAACAUGAACCUCGUCUUUACCCCUCUCAAUUAUAAUAAUUAUUUUUUUAAUUUGUGUAAAUCUGAUUGAUUAAAAUCAAGGGCACAGUCUCCAUGGUUGUCGCUUGACUGUUUUAAAUGUGUUUUUAUGGGUUUACUCCAUUUCUUAUUCAACAAAUUCUUUAAAUGGAUUGACAUCUGCUUUUGUCUGUCUCUUGGUUUUAUUUUGUGAAGGGACACAAACUGAACAACUACUCAUGUUUUUCCACACAAUACUGCUGAAGUCUGUUAACCAUUUUUGUAUUGUUUGAUUUUAUUUUCCUGAGUUAAUCUGAAUAAAUUGAAGGUCUGCACUUGUAAUUGAAACACAAUGUUGACCUUGUAGAUGUCCCUGUUGGAUAACUUUUGUUUAUUCUUAAUUUCUGCCCUUGAUUAAAUUAAUGUAUGGAACCAAUAAAAUAUUGAAUUGACA